UUUCUCUUCUAUGCGUUUGCAAGGUACCAUAAGUGGUUCUUAAGUGAACAUAAACCAUCAGGUUUAAUAAAAAACCAGUACAUGAUCACAGAUUAGUUAACAUCUAACGUUUUAAAAAUGUUUAGAUAUUUUGGUGUUUUUGGGUUGUUGGUUGUUCAGGUUAUUGCCGUCCAAGUUGCUACUGUUAAUUUGCUAGAUGACAAAUAUGAAUUAAUGCCCGAGCUAUUCUAUUUGGAUAAUUUUGAUCAAUGCAUGCUUAAAGGUGAAGACGCUCUAUUUUGUACUUUUACCUUUACUUUGGGACCACUGGGGAACUCUAGCGACUUUGUAUGGAACAUCAUCAAGAAUAUCAGUUCGAAUGAACAAAACUAUAGACACGAUCAACUUAGACAUGGAAUAUGCGUUCCAGAAAAGUGUCAGGAUGAAUAUAAUAACAGCUCGUCAGUUGAGCAUAUUCUUCAAAAGUGUUAUAAUCAAAAAUAUAACACUCUUGGCCUCAAGGGGUCUAUCUCUCAGUUAGUCUGUCAGAGUAAUAAGGCGAGUUUUAGUAUUGAUUUAUAUGAUAUUAUAUAUGGAAGCAUUAUGUUUUCGUACAUAAUUUUCGUCAUAGCCGCUUCGGUUUACGAGAGAUACUAUCUUUAUGGACAAAAACUGAAUAUGUAUGAUUCUGGUCCUAGUAGAGUUGGACUACUAAUCUCAGCUUUUUCUGUACCUAAAAACUGGGAAAGAUUAAGAUCCACGGAUCCCUCUUCUGAUCACCGGAAACUGAGAUCCAUCCAAGGCAUUCGAUUUUAUAAUAUGAUUUGUGUUAUUAUGUCUCAUACUAUUAUGGGUAUAUUAGGAGGACCAGUUUCAAAUCCUUUAUAUACAGAACAAAGUACCACAAAGGUGUUAAAUAUGUUCAUUGCAAAUGGUUGGUAUGUGGUACAAACUUUUUUCGUUAUAUCUGGAUGGCUUCUCACAUAUCACUUCUUUGUUAUGACUGCAGAAGUUAAGAACUUACGAAUAUCUCAUGUGUUUUGGACUAUUAUAAAUAGAUAUAUAAGGUUAGCACCAGCAGUGGCUGUUAUGGUCGGCUUCCAUAGUACUUGGCUAGUCCACUUAUCUCGAGGCCCCUACUGGGAUAUGUUCGUAGGCGAAGAGUACAGAAACUGUCGCAAAAACUGGUGGACCAACUUGUUAUUUGUUAAUAACUACGUGGAUAAUAACAACAUGUGUUUACAUCAAACCUGGUAUAUAGCGGCUGAUAUGCAAUUGUUCGUACUAUCAGUCAUACUAUUAUAUUUCCUUGGCAAAAAUCCCAUAAAAAUAAAAGUCAUUUUUGGUCUACUUCUGACAAUAGGAUUCCUUGUCCCAGGCAUAAUUGCCUACGUAAAUAAAUAUGAUAUUGUCAUAAGGCAGUAUCCAGAGGUGCUAUAUAAUUUAAAUUUACUACGUUUGGACCAUUGGCAUAUUUUGUACAGUUCAGCGUACUCUAAUAUUUUCGGAUAUACUAUAGGAAUGGUUUUUGGUUAUUUGUUUUAUAGGUAUAGAAACACUUGUUUCAGGAUUAAUCGGAUUCACGUCAUUCUCUGGUGGCUUCUAACAUUUGGAUUGUGUAUAUUUAUGGUUCUAAUAUCAGCACUAUUCUACAAUCCCGCAUUUCAUGUGACACCCCUAAAAAGCGCCUUUUAUUGGGCUUCUGGAAAAAAUCUUUUUGCUCUUGGAAUUGCUAUAGGUAUUUUUGGAUUCACCCAAAAAGUAGGAUGGUUUGCAAGAUCUAUGUGCGAGUUUGAGCCAGUACAAGUCUUAGGAAGACUCACUUACAGUACUUAUAUUAUACAUGUAGCCUUUAUACGUUGGAAAAUUGGCUUUAAAAGGUAUCCCGCAUCAGCAGAUGAUACUAUGUUGUUUUUUUCAGUUCUUGGUGACGUGGCCGUGGCAUACUUAGGCGGCACUUUAUUAUGCUUAUUAGUAGAAAUGCCUGUAUCAGCUAUACAAAAAAUGUUAGGAUUUUCUGUACACCACAAUAGAACUAACAGGAUACCAAAGUCAUCGGAAAAGUCACUGGAAACGUUAGAUUUGGAUGGAGACAACACGAAGAUGUAAGAAGGAACGGAUAAGAUGUAAUAUGUAAUUUCAUGCAACAACAAAUACUUUGGAGUACCAAAUAAUAAAUUUAAAGCAAUGUACAGGGUCUAUUUAUAAUAUACUAUAUACAAUGAAAAUUUAUUUUAUAACUAACUUAUAUUGCUGUAAAACUAAAGUUGAGAUCCUCUUUGGGGCUUAAAUAUACGACUUUCGGAUUAUAAUUAA